UGUGUUUGUAUGUAUGUUCCAUAUCUUCAAUUGGUCUUCGUACAUUGUGCUUUUCACUUUUAGCCUCACAAUGUGAUCGCAUGCGGACGGCUACGUGUACAUGGGCGAAACUCAGAGUUGAGCACAACCCCACCUUGAAGCCUACCACUUAUCGCUCCUCCCCCGAGACUCUCCCCCAACCCCACGACUGUGUUUUGUUUUGACGAAUAUUGAAGAUACCUCGCAUCUCCUGGACACACGCCUCCAUCGUUGUAGCUUAGACGCCAUCCACACAGCAGCAGAUUACCGGUGUACUGAGGGGCACCCAUCGUAGCGAAAACAGCGGUUCAAACACACUUUCGGAUCGUGGACAACAUCGCCCAUCAUGUCUAACACGUCGGCUCUCCUGGUGAUCUAUUACACAUCGUUUUUCAUCAGUAUCUUUCUGGCCCGCAGUUAUCUCUGGAAGGCCUUGCCCUUGGUCUUUUCCGCUUUUCUGCUCACAGCCGUCUACUUCCGAAAUCUUCUGGAUCCGCAGUCCAAGUUUCUCUGGGGAGUGAUACUAUGUGUUCUUGCAUUUCUCCUGCUGGCACUUUCGCCGUUGCAGUUGCUUCUCGCUCGUGAGAAGCGGGAAAUUCCCAAGACCCUCGAAGUGCUCUACCCACAAGGCGGCGAUGAAGAUGCAACUGAAUUCAGAAUGGAUAUCGUCGCCGUCCACGGCCUUGGCUCUUCUCCGAAGCGAGCGUGGGUACAUAAAGGAACCAAAAUGUGCUGGUUAAGUGACUUCCUUCCAAAAGACAUCAAAGGAGUUCGAGUUUUGGCUUUCAACCAUGAUUCCGGCUAUUCGCACGAUGCGUCGAAACUUUCGCUGCCAGACUAUAGCCUCGAGCUCUUGAGAGCCUUGGAUGGCAACAGGAAAUCUCAGGAAGAGAGGGACCGUCCGAUAAUCUUCAUAGCACAUAGUUUCGGAGGUCUUCUCAUAAAGCGGGCACUUGUUCAGGCCAAGUCCAGCACUGAGAGUUACUCAUAUCUUCAAGACAUGGUGAAAGGAGCCGUCUUCCUCGGCACCCCUCACCACGGAUCCAGUAUGUCAAAACUUGCCAAGAUAGAAGCCACGUUGUCGUACUGGGCCGGAUCGCGGACGGAGCUUCUGGAGCUUCUGACUCCAGGCUCGCAGGAAAACCAGCAACUGAACGAAGAUUACAUUAGGGCCUAUGAUCAAAUCGAACACGUCGAUUUCUAUGAAACGAAGGAAGAGAGAUUGCCGUGGUUGGGUAUAAAAACCGGAGUGUGCGUCGACAAAACCUCGGCGAUUCUGUCAGUGGGAAAAUUUGGAAUUCCACUGGCAGCUACCCACCGAGAGCUCAACAAAUUCCCUAAUCUUGAAGAUCCCAACUAUCUGAGGGUCAAAAAUGAGAUUGUCAGAAUAUGGAACACGGAUCAGAAGCCUUCCCAGCAAGAAGCGCAAAACAGAACCGCUGUUCUCAAAUGGCUCAUGCCCUCCGAGUUUGAUGCUGAAGAUGACGACUAUGUGCGGAAGAGAACACUUGGAACUUGUCGAUGGCCUUGUGAGAUGGACGAGUUCAAAAUAUGGGAUGCAUCUAGCAAAAGUGGCGAUGAACUACCUGUCUUAUACAUCCUGGGGAAGCCGGGCUGUGGGAAAUCAUUCAUCGCUCAGUACAUGCGAAGGAAACUUCAGGAAGAUACGUCUCCAGUGGUUUACUUCCACUUCGACUCGAAGCGGCUGAACAGCGACAAGAGCACGGCUCUGGCGUUUUUCCGAACCAUCAUCUAUCAGUUGCUCAAGCAAACCACGCACAUAGCCGCUGUGAAAGCAAGCUUCAAGAAGGCGAUUGCUCUGAUGCAAGAGAAGGACGCCGAUACCAAACUUUCGGAUUUUCGGAAACUUCUCGAAGAAAUACUGUCGGAAUUCAAAGAAGUGCGGCUUGUCGUCGAUGCUUUGGACGAGUGCGCUCCUGGGCCGGACAAUCGAGCUCACGUGAAAUAUUUCAUUUCUUCUACCAGGUGUCUUCGAUCGAUCGUCACGAGCCGGCCGGAGCCGGACAUCCUGAAAGAUGCCCUGAACCAGAAGGAGGCGUGCAAGUCCGCUGUGACCGAAGUGCGAAGCGAAACAACGGAUGCGGAUAUUUCUCUAUACAUCAGAGAAAGGCUGAAAAAGAUUCAGUCGGUCAGAGGGCAUCCCCUUCUGCAAAAGAAGAUCGAGCAGAGGUUGAAGGAACAAGCGCAGGGCACGUUCCUUUACGUGAGACUGGUGCUGGAUCAAAUCGAACAGGAAGCAGAGACGGCAGAGGAGAUUGAGGUCAUUCUGGAUGGCCUGCCCGACGACCUCCAGGGACUGUACAAACAGGCACUUGAAAAGAUUCAACGAGAUCACAAGAAGGAUCCUCCAAAGCUCAUGAGGUGUGUGAGCAUUUUCCAUUGGCUUCUCACGGCCCAGCGCCCGCUCAAGGUCGAAGGGUUACACCUGGCGCUUAGGGCUGAGAAGUUGAAUGGCAAGAAGCACCCAACCAACGCUGAUCUCGGUGCCAAGUUAUUGAACCCCGGAGGGGUGAUACAAAAAGCCUGCUUCCCUUUGGUCGAAAUUCUCGCUGAUAAGACCGUCCGCAUUGUUCACUUUUCCGUGGCGCAGUACCUUCGCAAAGGAAUCCGCGAGACAGAGGUCGCGGUUGAACCUCCAAACGACUCCCAACGCUACGCUCACGAUAGGGCGAUACUCCGGAACAGCUUAGAAGUAUUUUACUACGAGGAACUUCCCGCCAACAGUAAGGUCGCCGUAGCGUGUGUGCUCUACCUUUCGAUCACGAUGGGGGCUACACUGGGAAAAGAGCAGCCAAAGCCCGUUCCUAUCACGGCGCGGGAUCAAGACUCCGAGUGCUAUGAUUUCCUGUCGUACGCAGUCGCACAGUGGCCCAGUCAUCUCCUGAGGUCGGAGGAGGACUUCGGAAUUCACCGCGAAACGUUGAUCAAGUUCUGCAAUGCGGAUAAUCCGGCUUUCACUGCGUGGAUUCGAGACCGAGCAAGCCUAGACGGAUUAUUCAGAGUCACAUUCCGAUUGGAAACGGGAGCUACGAUACUGCCGAGUCCGCUGCACGUCACGGCGUACUGUCGCCUGGAGCAACUAUCGGAAGGCGUGAUCGGAGAAGAUGAGUUCGCGACACGUGCGACAGACGCAACGGGGGCGACACCAUUGCAUAUCGCAGCCGAACAAGGCUCCGGUCCUUUAGUCAAGCUUUUUUUGGAAAACCUCGCCGUUCGAGAUGCCAGGGAUGAAAAUAAGCAAACACCAUUGCAUCGAGCAGCUACCAACGGUCAUUUGUCGCCGGUCGAAGAGCUGCUCAAAGGGGAUGAAGCCGAUCCCGACCCCCGCGAUCGGUACAAUCGAACGCCAUUGUUUCUUGCAAGCCUCUACGGCAAGCCCGACGCUGCUCGUGAAUUACUCAAACACGGCGCAAGCCCUGA